UUUAAUUUGCAUCAUUUUUAGAUAUAAAAUGAAAACUAUUUAUCAGCUUUUACUGCUAUGCACGACAUUUUUAUGCUCACACUACUUACUGUUAGAACCUGAACAAGUUACCACAACACCAAGUCGGUGUUAGCAGAAUAUUUAGGUAAAUGUAUUAAAUUUUCUGUUGAUUCUUUAAAUUUACUAUUUGAUUAAAAUUUUUGUCUUUUUUGGGAACGAAAGAGAGACUUGAAACGAGAAAAAAGGUUGAAGGAACGAAGAAGUGAGAAAUACUUAUAUAAUUGCUUGUUCGUAUGGAAAUAAUAUUAGAUCAUUAUGGCACAACCUAGCUCAUACAAUUCAAAUAAUUCUACCUCGGAUCUGAAUAAAAUUGUCCUGGACUACCUCUAUAGAAAGGGGUAUUCUAGGACAGAGGCAAUGCUGAGGUUGGAAAUUUCUAGCGUAGGUGCAAUUCCGGAAGAGCAACAAGAUUGGCAUAUUGGCGCACCAGAAACUUAUAUCCAGGUAUACAUUCUUCUCAGGGAUUGGAUUGAUGGAACUCUAGAUCUCUACAAGCCUAAACUCCAAAAGACGCUUUAUCCAGUGUUUGUUCAUUCAUAUCUAGACUUAUUACAAAAAAAAGAAAAAGAUAUGGCGGCAUUCUUUUUUGACUCUUUUCGUGGAGAGCAUGAAGUUCUUCAUGGCCAUGACAUUCGUUUACUUGAUGAACUAAAGACAAACUCUGAUGCAGACGAAAGCGAAAUUUCACAGCUGUACAGAAAGAAUAAAUAUAGAAUAAAUCUAACGAAAGCAACGUUUGACUUACUGGUUCAAUUUCUUUUUGACAAUGAAGCUAAUGGAAGUGGAAUUAUAAUUCGUCUUCUAAAUCAGUACAUUGAUAUUAAAAUAAUAUACGCUAAAGCAAAUGAACCAUCAAAACCGGAUGUUCAAACUAUGCUUGAACUAAAUGCUGAUAACAAAAAUUUAGAUGUUGAAGAGCAACCAGAAGGAAUACCUGGACAUUCAGAACAACUGUUUGAUUACAACAAGCAAGAUAUAUAUCUCGGGAAGAGAAAAAUACCUGAAGAAGUGCUUCCUGAAAUCAAAGCAGUACUGGAAGAACGGGAUAAAGGUCUUCAGGAGAAGCCGUUUCUUGCUUCAACACAUCCGACAUUGACGCUAAAAGAAUUGUUUGAAAAAGAACAGGAGAGUAUUGAUGAAAACGCCGAUAGUGUACCACCUGAUUUACCUUUGCCCUCUUUGCGUAUGAAAGACAUAGAAGCGUAUAUUUCUUCCCUGGAUAAUCGGCGUAACUCGCUGCGUUUGGGAAGAGAUGGUACCCCGCCAAGUGUUUUCAUGUAUACUAUGCACAAUACCUAUUCGUCUCUGAACUGUGCUAAAUUUUCUCCUGAUGCUUCGAUGUUUGCAACAGGGUAUGCGGAUUCCUCGGUUCAAUUACAGAUUUCAAAAAAUUCCGGUCCUCAGGCUCUAGUGGGUAAUCAAAACGAACCUUUGGAUACAAUUAAACUUAUAGGACAUACGAGACCAGUAUUUGGGGUUAGUAUUUCUCCUGAUAAUGAAUAUAUUCUCUCAUGUUCAGAAGAUGGGUUCAAUCGUCUUUGGAGUAAAGAAACUCAAAGUACUCUUGUCAAGUACGCAGGACAUAAUGCACCUGUAUGGGACGUUUGUUUUUCUCCAUAUGGUUAUUACUUUGCUAGUGCUUCUCAUGACCAAACUGUUCGUCUGUGGAGUAUCGAGCACACUGCCCCUCUCCGAGUUUUCGUCGGUCAUCAAAACGACGUUGAUUGCCUCUCCUUUCAUGAAAAUGCGAACUAUAUAGCCACUGGAUCAAGCGAUCAUACUUGCAGAUUUUGGGAUAUACGUACUGGUAACACUGUACGAGUUUUCACAGGACAAAAUUCUUCUGUGUCAUCAAUAGCCUUAUCACCUGAUGGAUUGUUAAUGGCAUCUGCAGAUGAUACUGGAUUCGUUCAUUUAUGGGAUUUACGGACUGGUUCCAAACUAGAGGUUUUUGAAAAACACCAGAAUCCAGUCUACUCUCUUGCAUUUUCUUACGAUAAUAAGACUUUGGCAACUGGAGGCGCUGAUACUGAUAUCAAUGUUUGGGAUAUUAAAGGCUUAAAUGGUAAGGCGGAAUCUGCUGAAGACAAUUUAUUGUAUAAUUUUAAAACGAAAGAAACGAUUGUUUAUGAUUUACAAUUUACUGAGAGGAAUUACUGCUUGGGGUUAAGUGCUACCUAAUUAGUUGUCUACUGUCUUUUUUUCCUUUUCAUAGAAAGGCUGAAACGUGUACAUAAUAGGAAUUCAUGAAGCUAUAUUUAUCCUCCAAAUCAACAAAGGCAUUUCUGCUUUAAUGAAUAUGUUAUUUUCCAUAUAAAGAAAAACACUUCCUACAAAGAUGACUAUCGAAAAAUUUCAUAAACAGCCUUCUCGGUAUGAAAUAAAUUUGUAUUUAUACAUGGCCGUAAAGAAUUUGACAUGCUACUUUAAAUGCAAGUAGCACACCUUUGAAUAUUUAGUCGCUAUAUUAAGUGAAUCAAUGAGAAGAUAUCGAAAACUACGAAGUUUUAAUAGAAUCUUCAAGCAUAACUGAUUGUCGUAAGGAAUUUGUUUUUCUUUUUUGAACGGAUGGAUUAUUAUUUACUACUAAAAUAGUUUGUAUGACACUUAACAAUAUGUAUUCUUUAAAAUCAUAAUCUUCAGAGACAUCUUUAAUAUAUUAGUAUUCCAUAAUAUACUAUGAUCUGAAGUUUAUGUCACAGUACCGUUUUCAUUUCUUGGCUACGUGUCUUGGAUUCUUUCG